UGACUCCUCUGUCCUCUCUGGAAAGAGAAACUCCCCACAGCCUCUGUGCUGGUUGUGGCUGGCCUCCCGCCAGGGCCAAGAGCAGGAGCUGGAAAGUAGAAGUGCAGAGCGUGGCCAGCCGUGCUCUGAACAAGCGCUGGAGCAGGGAGAGCCGCACCCGCACCCACCCGCCUGCCCACUGGUCCACUGCUCCUCUGUAAUUCUGUCUGUCCACCCCCUCCCCAGUGUCUGUCUGACCAUCCUGCUCCUACUCUCCACUUAGCUGCCUGGCCUCUUGAUCUGUGUGCUUGUCUGUCUCUGACCCCCAUCUAUUUGUCCAUCUGUCCAGCCUGUGGGUCCAUCCUUCUGUCUGUCUGUCUCCCUGCUGCAUCACAUAGCCAUGGCCCAGAGUCGGGGGGCCACAGUCAGCCUAGUGCUGCUGGGGCUGGGGGUGGCCCUGGCCAUCAUAGUGUCUGCUGUCCUUCUCUCCCACGGCCACCCACCCUGUGGCCCCCGGGCCUUUGCCCACGCGGCCGUGGCUGCUGACUCCAAGGUCUGCUCAGACAUUGGCCGCACCAUCCUCCAGCAGCACGGCUCUCCGGUAGAUGCUGCCAUCGCUGCGCUGGUCUGCACUGGGGUCGUCCAACCGCAGAGCAUGGGUCUGGGUGGAGGGGUCAUCUUCACCAUCUACAGCGCCUCCACAGGGAAGGUGGAGGUCAUCAAUGCCCGGGAGACGGUUCCAGCCAAGCAUGACCCCAACCUACUGGAGGAGUGUGAGCAGGCUCAGCCACUGGGCACAGGAACCAAGUGGAUCGGGGUGCCCGGGGAGCUCCGUGGCUAUGCCAAGGCCCACAAGCGCCACGGCCGCCUGCCUUGGGCACAGCUGUUUCAACCCACCAUCGAGUUGCUCCGAGGGGGUUACCACGUGCCGCCUGUCCUCAGCCAGUUCCUCAAAAGCGAACUUCUUCGGCCUUUCUUACAAGCAUCGUCCCUGAAGCAGCUCUUCUUCAAUGGGACAGAACCCCUGGGCCCUGGGGACCCUUUUUCGUGGCCUGCACUGGCUGCUACCUUGGAAACUGUGGCCACAGAGGGCGUGGAUGCCUUCUACACCGGGGACCUGGGCCGGAUGCUUGUGGAGGACAUUACUAAGGAAGGCAGCCAGUUGACCCUUCAGGACCUGGAGUCAUUCCAGCCGGAGGUAGUGGACGCCCUGUCCAUGUCCCUAGAGGACUACACCCUUUACUCCCCGCCACCGCCCACAGGGGGUGCAAUUCUCAGCUUUAUCCUCAAUGUGCUCAAAGGGUUCAACUUCUCACAGGAGUCUGUGGCCAGUCUUGAGGGGACUGUGGACUUGUACCAUCACCUGGUGGAGACGCUCAAGUUUGCUGGGGGCCAGAGGAGGCGGCUCUGGGACACUGCAAGCCACCUGGAAGUCCAGAACAUCUCCCAGGAGCUGCUGGGGGAAGCUCUGGCCCAACACGUUCGAGAGCAGAUGGAUGCCCGUGGUGACCAUCCACUCACUCACUACAGCCUGGCCGGGGCCUGGGGCCAUGAGAUGGGCACUGCCCAUGUGUCUGUGCUGGGGGAGGAUGGUAGCGCAGUGGCUGCCACCAGCACCAUCAACACACCGUGCGUAGCCUCCCCCCAGCCCCCUUCCUUGUUGUCAGUUCUCUGCCAUUACCCACUCUUUCCUUGCUGGCAAAAGGGCCGUGCACAGCCUCAUCUUUCUUUCUCUAGCUUUCUCCCUCCUCUUUCUUCUUCUCUUCCUCCCUUUCUUUCUUUCUUCCCAGAGCACUGUUCAGCUCUAGCUUAUGGUGGUGCAAGGGAAUUGAACCUGGGACUUUGGAGUCUCAGGCAUAAGUCUCUUUGCAUAAUCAUUAUGCUAUCUACCCCAUCCCCACCCCCCACAGCCCUGACAUCUCUGGCUGAAGAGGCUGCUGAUGUGGUGGCUUUGAGCUACAAUCUGCCCGCAAGUGGGCCUUCCCCAGAAAGUGCCCUGGAUGUGGGGUGGCAAGGACAAAAUUGGGGGGGUUGUGCCAGGAAGGGAAAAGCAGCUCCUGCAUGCUGGGGGUAUGGGGACUCCCCAAACCAGGUGCUGCUGGGUGCUGGGGAGCAGGCCCCAAGCCCAAGCCUAAGCCUACCCUGCAGCUUUGGAGCCAUGGUGUACUCAGCACGCACUGGAGUUCUUCUCAACAACGAGCUGCUGGAUCUGUGCUGGAGGCACCACCAGGGUCCUGGUGCUACCCGCCCACCUGUUCCAGGGGAGAGGCCCCCAUCGUCCAUGGUCCCCUCCAUCCUAAUCAACGCGGCUAAGAGUUCAAAGCUGGUGAUCGGUGGGGCUGGUGGGGAGCUUAUCAUCUCGGCGGUAGCCCAGGCCAUCAUCAAUAAGUUGUGGCUUGGUCAUGACCUCCAAGCAGCCAUUGAAGCCCCCAUCCUGCAUGUGGACAGCAAAGGCCAGGUGGAGUACGAGCCCAGCUUCAGCCAGGAGGUGCAGAAGGGGCUCCUGGAGCGGGGUCAGUGCCGGGCAGAAAGGCCCUUUUUCCUGAAUGUGGUGCAGGCUGUGUCCCAGGAGAAGUCCUGUGUGUACGCUGCCUCCGACCCACGGAAGGGCGGCGAGGCCUCAGGCUACUGAGCAAGUGGACCCUCCCAUCCCCCUCCCAUCCUCCCUCCUACUCACCACUGGUCCAGCUGAGUGUGGGACUCCUCACCCUGUAGGACCAGGAGCCUCUGCUGCAGGAGUAAGGCCAUGGACAGUGAGUUGGGCUGCCCCCUGCCCCCCACACUGGUCUUCUAGCCUGCCCAGCCUUCCACCCAGGACUGUUGCUCCCCCAGCCCCAGGCCCAGCCCAUCUGUAAGCCUCCAGCCCUGGAUUAAAGAGGCUCAGCCUGAGUCCAGUUCUGCAGGGGAGGCAGUUCACAGAAGACAUUGGGGGCCGGGAACUGAGACUCAGAGCCAUCCUCCUACUCACAGAGCCCCUGCCCCCCUGCUCACCACCACUGCUAGGGGUCCUGCCUGUCCGAGGGAAGGCAGGGGUGUGUGGCCUGGGGUCUCUGGUCUUCCAUCCCAGGAGAAACUGGGGUGAAGUGAGAUUCCACCCCCACCCCCACCACCACACCCAGCCCCACCAAUCCAUGUUUUCUUCCUUGACACUGUUGCAACUGUGGGUAAAAUAUUGCCUUUUUUGGGUGGGUGGGUAGGGGUAGCUGCUGUCCCCAUAUUGGAGGAAGUUGAACAGCUUCCAAAGUGAAGCACAUCCCCACUCCCCACCGUCUAUCCCCCACUUUUAGUGCCAUGCUAGCACUAAAUGCUAGUGGUGGAGAGCAGAGACUGUGAGCAGGGAAGCCCCAGCCCUGUAAAGGCUUUGCUUACUGCUGGGUGGGCCAUCUCCCAGGAGGUUUAUCUGUCUGCAUUGACCCAGCCUUCUGCUCCACACUCCUUCCUGGGAGCACUAAGGACGAGCACCCACUGUGCUCUGGAGUCCAGCCAAGCAGAAGGGUGGAAGUUGUUGUUGGUGGUGGGGUAGUUCCCUAUAGCUGCCACUCCAGGAACCUACAAACUCUGUGGUUGAAAAUAACUGGAAAACUUCUUGCACAAUCUGGGAGUCUGAAAUCAGAGGUUGUGGGCUGUGUGGGCAGUCUUGCAUCCUAGGGGGACCCUAUGCUGGCUGCUGGUAGCUGCAGUGUGUGGCCAGAUUCCACUGUGCUUGACUGGCCUUUCUUGUGUGCAAAUGCCUCCUCUGCCUCAGUGGGCCUGGGUAGAGAUGAUGGUACCUCAGAAACUGAGAUAGCUCCCCUGCCUUCAUUUCCGUAUACUUCCUCUGGCUCCUUGGAUGCUACUGCCAGCUCAGUCUGGUCCCCAAUCACACACAAUAGGGAUGAGCUAUGGAAAAUGCACUCCUGGCUCCAUCCCCAGAGGAAGCCCACUUAAUCCCCCACCAGGCAUUCCCAGCCCAGCCAUCUCCUUACAUAGUUGAACUAGUCAAGCUAUAAGAAUGAAGACAGUGAGAGGCUCAGGCUAUGAUACAGUGGAUAAAAUGUGACCCUCAAGCAUGAGGUCCCAAGUCCAGUUCCUUGGCAUCACAUAUGCCAUGGUGAGGCUCUGGUUCUCUCUCUCUCUCUCUUUUUUUUUUCUUUCUUCUUUCUUCUUCCUCCUUUCUCUUCUCUCCUCCCUCCUCUCCCUCCUCCUCCCCUCCCCCUUCUUCUACCUCUUCCACUUCCCCUCCUUUUCCUUCUCCUCUUCCUCCUUCUCCUUCUUCCCAGAGCACUGUUAAGCUAUAACUUACAGGGGAUUGAACCUGGAGAUAUCUAUAUAUAGAUGUGCAAGAGAAUCCAACAACACUAUAAAGGGAACAACAGACCCUGUCUACCAUGGAGAAGCCAAACCAACACCACCAGGACAGUCUUCUCUGACUAUCUCCACAGUGUGCUCCAAAUUCUUAACCGACAAGAGAACCAUGAGCUCAUCUCCAUAGAGACUGCAGAAACAUCUGGUAACAGAUAAUACUCAUUCUUGAUAAAACAAACAAAAAGCUUGAAUUAAAGUCAGAUAAAUGGAUACUCUCUUAACAUGGAAAAACAUAAAUCGUGAUAAGAAUGGCAGCAUAUGUUACAAAUACUUCUAUAAUAAUAAUAACAAUGAGGCUUGUAAGUGGCACAGUGGGUAAAAAUAUAUACUAUAUUAUUAAAAAUAUUAUUAAAUAUAUAUAUAUCAUCCCCUCCCCCAGAGCACUGCUCAGCUCUGACUUAUGGUGGUAGUAGAAACUGAACCUGGGGCUACUUUGGAGCCUUAGGCAUUGGAGUCUCUUUACACAACCAUUAUAUUACCUACCCCAUCUCCUAAUAAAAUAUAUCUUUUAAAAAAGUAAAGAAAA